AUGAAUAGGAAUGUUCUAUUACAGGGCUCGGUGUCAUUCAAGGAUGUGGCUGUGGUUUUCACCUGGGAGGAGUGGCAGCUACUGGACCCCCUUCAGAAGAACUUGUAUCAAGAUGUGAUGCUGGAAAAUUAUAUCAACUUAGAAUCAGUGGGCUAUCAAGCUACCAAACCAGAUGUGAUCCUUAACUUCGAGCCCGGAGAAGAGCCAUGGAAAGUAGAAGAUGAAAUGCAGCAUCAGUACUUUUCAGAGUACAUCAUGAGAAAUGCUGGGUUGGAAGAAACACAAGCUAGAAUCAAGAUUUCCAGGAGAAAUAUCAAUAACCUCAGAUAUGCAGAUGACACCACCCUUAUGGCAGAAAGUGAAGAGGAACUAAAGAGCCUCUUGAUGAAAGUGAAAGAAGAGAGUGAAAAAGUUGGCUUAAAGCUCAACAUUCAGAAAACUAAGAUCAUGGCAUCCAGUCCCUUCACUUCAUGGCAAAUAGAUGGGGAAACAGGGGAAACAGUGGCUGACUUUAUUUUUCUGGGCUCCAAAAUCACUGCAGAUGGUGAUUUCAGCCAUGAAAUUAAAAGACGUUUACUCCUUGGAAGGAAAUUUAUGACCAACCUCGACAGCAUAAUAAAAAGCAGAGACAUUACUUUGACAACAAAGGUCCAUCUAGUCAAGGCUAUGGUUUUUCCAGUGGUCAUGUAUGGAUGUGAGAGUUGGACUGUGAAGAAAGCU